UAUUUCAUGCCAACAUGUGACACCCCCGCAGUAAAUCCCCCUCCUCCAUUAAGUGACAUCUCAGUUUAUCACGGAGCUGCGUGCGGUGUGAGCAUGCCUGCCAUUGUGUCUGACAACCUAAUGCAACAAUUUGAAGUGAGUAAGCCUGAAGGAUUGUGGCCCCCUCUCCUCCUCCUGGAAGGACGAGCCGGGGGCACCGAAAUAUCUGCAAUGCCAGGACAUCAGCGUGCGUUUGGAAAUGUGUUAAGAAUAGACCCACAAUGGGGCACGCUGCCUUCUGUUGUCUGAGGGGGAACAGUUGUCUGCAGGGGGGCAGAGGAAGAGGUGAGCUGAGGGGUUUGCUCCGACUUCAACCAUCGAGGAGCAUGCUCCAUGCAGGAGUGUCUGUCCACCUGUGGGUUGCUGCUGGAAGGUACCAGGAUCCUCCGGUGGGGAGGCAGGAGAAGGAGCGAGGUGUUUGCAGACCGGUUUGUCCUUAACCACUGGAGGAGAGUGAGGAGGGCAGCCAUGAUGGAACCGAGCACCUCUGAGCUCCUCUUCAUCUCUGUCAAUCACAGCAUCACUCUGAUGGGGAAGCUCUGGCUCAUCAUGAUGGUCUUCCUCCGUAUCCUCGUCCUCCUCUUCGCCGGGUACCCCCUCUACCAGGACGAGCAGGAGCGCUUUGUGUGCAACACCAUCCAACCCGGCUGUGCCAACGUGUGCUACGACCUUUUCUCCCCCGUCUCGCUCUUCCGUUUCUGGCUGGUACAGCUGGUGGCCCUGUGCGUCCCGUACCUCGUCUUCGUCGCCUACGUGGUCCAUAAGGUGUUAAACUCCGUCUCCGUGACGGCGUCUGGCAAUCAGAUCCACAAGGAGGCGCCGAAGAAGGUGUGUGUGAACGAGGCGGCGACGCAGAGCUUCGCUGGUGCCUACGUUCUCCACCUGCUGUUGAGGACGCUGCUGGAGGCGGCGUUCGGAGCGGCGCAUUACUACCUGUUUGGGUUCCACAUCCCCAGGCGGUUCCUGUGCCACCAUGCGCCGUGCACCACCCAGGUGGACUGCUACAUCUCCAGGCCCACGGAGAAGACAGUCAUGCUCAACUUUAUGCUCGGCGUGGCGGCUCUGUGUCUCCUCCUCAACUUUCUAGACUUCGUGUUUGCCGUCAAACGCUCGGUGAAGCAGAAGAGCAGGAGGAAGAUGGUGCUGGAGGAGGUGUUUGAGGAGGAGCGCUGCUUCCUCUCAGCAGUAGCUACUUCAAGAGGACCUGAAGCUGCCUUACCAAACCCAGACCAACAAUCUGGGCAAAGUUUCAAGAGCAGGCGUAUCGGGAAAGGCCCGUCUGGAGGAAGAGCGACGCAUCAGGACCACUGCACCCAUCCGGACCACGAAAUCGAUUCCGUUUUUCAGGAGGACGCUCUGGAGAGGAACGGCAGCGAGGUGGCACUGUGUCCCAAGGAGCCCUCGGGCACGCCGAGGUCCAUCCGCGUUAGCAAACGCGGCAAACCUCCACCUCCUCCGAGACGAGACCUGGGGGUCUGUGGAGCCACCGCGGCUCCGGUUCGGGAGGCCUCUGCUGCUGUCAGUACCAGAACCCUUAGCCAGUAUAGGCUGGUGGAGCUGGGCAGCACCGCAGAGCUGCAGAACCACGAGGAGGGACAGGAGAAGAAGUCCGAGUGGGUGUGACGCUUUUUCUCCAGAACGAAUCCACACCCUUAGUGUUCCCGUCAGCCCACAUCUCCAUUUAGCAGCAGCACCCCCCCACCAAGACCAAAGUCAGGAAUGAUCUAAAAUCUAAAAGUGUGCGCUCCACCUGUUUGUUGACCCUCCAACCACCUACAAAAUGCCGUAGCUUGUUGUAGGUAAGCAAACCCCCCAUUGCUGUUACUUUACACCCCCUCCCUCUGAGCUGGGGUCAGCAGGAUCAAAUAGCCUCCAGGUCCUGGUCAGGAGGUCAUUCCAAAAAAAAAAAA